GGUCCCCUCCCGCCUUCCUCAUCCCGCCGACCCGGCCGCAACCGGGAGCAGAGCAGAUGGGCUCCCGCCCCCGCCUCCCGAGACGCCCGGUGACUCCGAGCCUGAGUACACGCGCGCUCGCUGCCCUGCGUCCAGCGCUGCCCUCCCGAUCCCAGCCCCUCUGGGUGCAGCCCCACCCGGACCCAUCGCCGACUCCUGCUGCACCUGAUUCCGCAGACCCCGCUCACCCUAGGUCCCCAGUCCCUCCCCGCCUCCCUGGCCAACCCUCCUCUGCUCAAAAGACUCCUCCUCUUGAGCAGAAGCCCUCAUUAUUAGUAGAAGCCAAACUGCGGAGGGCUGCCGUCAUUGUUCCCGCACCUUCCCCAGGCCAAGGGGCGUCUGCCGGAAAGCCGUCCUCUAAGUCUUCUAUCCGUCCUGUGUCCUGCAGCCAUCCAGCCCCCUCCCCUGUUUACCCAGUUGUUCAGGCCAGACCUCACAGUGAGUGGCCCCGGCUCAGGCUCAUUUUUCCCCUCUCCCCAUGCAGUGUGUGAGCCUGCUGCCAAGAGGAGCUGACCAGGCUGCCCCUGACCCAGUGCCAGAGCCUCUGACUCACCCCCUUCCCUCCUACCCCUCUUGUCCUCCACAGGCAGCCCCUACCCCCAAGCCCUUCGAGGUGGCUUGUCACCCUGACCUCACCUCUUUUUCAAGCCAUCCUUUCUCCCCCUGCCCCAGCCACCUGGCCUCCUCAACCAGUCCCCAGGGUCCCCACCGCCAGCGAAUACCUACCUGUAGUGUUCCCGCGAGGCAAAUGCUCAGUUCUCUGGUGACUCCUAAAUUGGGAAUGCUGUGGCCCUGACCAUCAUGAGGGCCUCCGGAAGGAGGAAUGAGACUCUCCUGGAACCCCCUGGGCCUGACUGGAGGCCCCUGAUGGAGAAACUCAACUCCCCACAGAAUGAGUCUGCAUAUCUUCAGUGACGAAAAUGUCACUGGUGACAAAAGUACAGAAAAUUGCGACUUCCUGUUUUCACCACCGGAACUUACCGGAAGAUCAUCUGUUCUCCGUCUGUCACAGAAAGAGAAUGUGCCACCGAAGAGCACAGCCAAAGCUGUGAAGGUGACUUUUCAAACACCUCUGCGGGACCCACAGACACACAGGAUCUUAAGUCCCAGCGUGGGUAGCAAGCUCGAAGCCUGUUUUGCUCUGGGCGACCCCAUUGGAUUAGAAAACUGCCACCAAGUCUGUCCGCAGAAAGAGAACCAACAGUUCACCAAGGAAAGAGAUACCAAAACAACCCAUGGAAUUCUCCAGAAGCCAGUACCGGCCGACCCCGAGCCCCCCUCAGAGGAUGUGAGACCAGCUUCCGAAGACCAGCCUCCUGGUGGGCCCCCCUCAGCUCCCCUGGUCAGCCUGGGUCCCUCAAGCUCUUCCCAGAUCCCAGAGAGUGUGGAAAGCCCUGAGGCCUCCCGAGGCCCAGCGCCCGGCAGCCCCAAGUGCGCCCAGGAGGAGCACGUCCACCCGAGGCCCUCGGAGGAGAGCAUGCCCCUCAGCCCCGUGGCUCCAGAACAGCCCCCCAAGGUGGCAUCCCGGGACAUGGCAGAGGACCCGCUCAGCGCUACGGGAGGGGACUCAGAAGGCGUCCCUGCUCCCCCCGCUGGGCCCACCUCACCCUCUGGUGCCCAUCCUGGAGAAAAGCCCCUCGUGGACCUGCCUGGAGAGGCCCCCACGGGCCCCACGGAUGCCGCUGGCAGCAAGAACAUGGCCCUGACCAGCCCCAGAGAGGCUGCAGGGGACACAUACCCUGGUGCUCGGAGGGAGGAGGCCAGUGGCCAGACCACCAGCUCUCUGAGGAGCGGGCCCAUCCGGCUGGAGUUUGACUUCUCUGACACCACCAGCAGAAGGCCGCCCCCACUGCGGAAGCGAGGGAAGACCCUGGGUCUCAAGCCCCCCUUGAGGAGACCAGAGGCGAGGCCCGGAAAGGCCACCCAGGAGGCGGGCAAAGGUUGUGAGCUCGCUCUCCAUGAGUCCAGCAGCCCGAGCUGGGACAAGCCGGACGACCCAGACUGUAACCCGGCCGUGGAUGGUGGAGAAGCCCGCCCCCCGGAGCACCCCCAGAGCGGCCAGACCGCAGAGGCCUUGUCUCUGAGCCGGCAGGCGUGCCCAGAUGACACACCCGGGACAAGGACCCCAGGAGCGGCGGGUGAGGAGGGGACCGCAGGCUCUUCGGGGGGGUCGGCGCCCCUCGGCAGCCCAAGCAGCAAGCCACCGACUGCACCCACCAACCCCACGCCCCCCACCGAGAGGGGGCCGGAGCCCACCCUGGACCUGAGUGGGGAGCAGUUCCGGGACCCUGUGGAGGUCCUAGGCGCAGGGGCCGAGGUGGACUACCUGGAGCAGUUUGGGGCGUCCUCGUUUAAAGAGUCGGCCCUGAGGAAGCAGUCACUGUACCUCAACUUCGACCCACUCCUGCAGGACAGUCCUUGGGCCCUGGCACCCAGCAGCAGAGGCGGGCCGCCUGACAGGCCGUGGGGCCCACCUGUCCCAAGCACCGGCCCUCUGGCCUCCGAGGAGAGCCCCGGCCGCACGCAGAUGGCAGGCAGCUUCUCUCCUGGUCUCGGUGCUCACGGUGUGGACGCGCCUUCCUCUGGAAGCCCCCGGGAGGCCCAGCUGCUUGACCUGGACUUCCCAGGAGCCCUGGGCGUUCCCACGCCCUGCCCUGCUCCAUGUGACCUCAGGCCCGGGGCCCCACUGCUGCCUGUUGGGCCGAUCGUCGAUGUGCUACAGUACAGCCAAAAGGACCUGGACGCGGCGGUGGAGGCCACGCAGAAGGAGAACGAGGCGCUGCAGGGCAAGUGCACGGCGCUGGAGGGGAGGCUCCUGGAGAUGGGGAAGAUCAUGGACAGCUAUGAGGGGACUGUGUACCAGGUGAUGGAGGAGGCUCAGAAACAGAAGGAGCUCUCCAAGACCGAGAUGCAGAAGGUCCUGAAGGAGAAGGCGCAGCUGACGGCAGACCUGCAUUCCAUGGAGAAGUCGUUCUCCGACCUCUUCAAGCGGUUUGAGAAACAGAAGGUGGUGAUCGAAGGCUACCGCAAGAACGAAGAGUCGCUGAAGAAGUGUGUGGAGGAUUACAUAGGAAGGGUGGAGAAGGAAGCCCAGAAGUACCAGGCGCUGAAGGCCCAGGCGGAGGAGAAGCUCCAGCAGGCAAGUGAGGAGAUCGCCCAGGUCCGGAGCAAGGCCCAGACAGAUGCUCUGGCGCUGCAGGCGGUCCUAAGGAAGGAGCAGAUGCGUGUCCACUCCCUGGAGAAGGUGGUGGAGCAGAAGACUAAAGAGAAUGAUGAGCUGACCAGGAUCUGCGACGACCUCAUUUCCAAGAUGAAGAGAAUCUGAUGCAAUGGCCCUGACCUUGCCGUCUUCCCUGUGUGUGUGUCUAUUUGUCUGCCUGUCUGUCUGUCUGUCUAGGGUUUUCUUCUCUAUUGAUGUCAAUUGUUUUUUCAAUUCGUUUUUAAACUAGGUUGCUUUAGGAAAAAAAUAAAGUUUCCCUUAAAUCUAA